AUGUCUUCCCCUCGACAGCAGACACGCCCGAUCCUGAGGGCGAUUACGAGCUCAACCCGACCUUUAUACCAAAUAUUGCGUUGCAUCAACUUCUCCAACAAGGUCCAUGUCGAGAUAUCCGAGGGCGGCAUCCGGUUCGCGGCGGACAAUGCCCGAGUCAUGCAGGGUUCUGCUGUGAUUGAUAAGACUCUCUUCUCUUCAUACAUUUUCCAGCCCGCGAGCAGUAGUCAAGAUGGCGAAUCGGACGACGAACAGCCUCCACUCCCCUCAUUCCAGAUCAACCUGGGAUUCCUCCUAGAAACUCUACAAAUCCUAGGAUCCAUGGACGUUGCCAAGAAGUCGGAGCCGGAACGAGGGACCAUCCUAUCCUACAAUAGAGGCGGCGCAGCUCCGUUUAGCGACCGGGCUCUAGGUCUUCCGGGAACAUGUACGCUCACGUACGCGGAGGAAGGAGCACCUCUCAGCAUCACGAUUGAAGAGUUUGGGGUCAAGACCACCGCCAAUCUAGUCACGUAUCUCCCCGAAAUCCCCGAAGAUAUCCCCUUUGAUAGAGGUGACUUAGCGUUCAAAAUCAUCAUGCAACCACGUUCACUCCUCGAUGCCCUCGCUGACCUGGCAACCAUGGCGCCCGAGAAGCUCCUAAUUGAGGUGUCUGAUACGUCUCCUUACCUUACGCUCUCGACAAAGGGCGGCGACUACGGGAGCUCGAGCUACGAUUUCUCCAAGGGGAGACAUCUCUUGGAGACACACGUCGUCCACGAGCGCUGGGUCCAGUCGUUCAAGUACGACUUCAUCAAAGCGGCGAGCGAGGCCAUGCGCAUCGGGAACAAGGUGAGCUUCCGCGGCGACAGGCAGGGGGUGCUUAGCUUGCAGUUCAUGGUGGAGGUUGAAGGGGCGGGCUCGAGCUUCUUGGACUUUAAGUUUGUGCCGUUUACGGGGUAUGAUGGUGAAGAUGAGGAGGAGGGUGACGCAGCGGAUCUGUAUGAUUGA